GCAACUGGCAACUGGUGUAGUGGAAGGUAGUUUGCAAAAUCAGCUAGGCGUUUGUUUGGCCUUUCACUACCUCGACGAGUCCGUCACUCUCUUCAACAACCCAAAAAACCCCUUCACUCUCAGUUUUAUUUAUUUGACUAAGCCCCACCCUCCCUUUUUCUUUCUUAAUUCCCGUUUCCCCAUCAAAAUAUCUCCUUCCUUUCUCACCAACCUCAUCCAUGGAAGCCUCACCAGCUCUUUCCCGCAUAGGCCUAGCGGGACUGGCCGUCAUGGGCCAGAACCUCGCCCUUAACAUAGCCGAAAAGGGUUUCCCUAUCUCCGUCUACAAUCGUACCACAUCCAAGGUUGACGAGACACUCGACCGGGCUCACCUGGAAGGCCAACUCCCACUCUCCGGCCAUUACUCCCCUCGUGAUUUCGUCCUCUCUCUGCAACGACCCAGAUCUGUUAUCAUCCUUGUCAAGGCUGGAUCCCCUGUUGACCAGACCAUCGCCGCGCUUUCCGAGCAUAUGGAAGCUGGGGAUUGUAUCAUCGAUGGUGGUAACGAGUGGUACCAGAAUACGGAGCGCCGGAUCCAGGAGGUUAACCCCAAGGGUCUACUUUAUCUCGGUAUGGGUGUCUCCGGUGGCGAGGAAGGUGCUCGCAAUGGUCCUUCGCUAAUGCCGGGUGGUUCAUUUCAGGCGUAUAAUAACAUCAAGGAUAUACUCGAGAAGGUCGCUGCUCAAGUCGAGGAUGGACCCUGUGUCACCUACAUCGGGGAAGGGGGGUCUGGAAACUUCGUUAAAAUGGUCCAUAACGGCAUCGAGUAUGGCGAUAUGCAGCUCAUUUCCGAGGCCUAUGAUGUAUUGAAAAACGUCGGCGGCUUGUCCAAUCCCGAAUUGGCCGAGAUUUUUGCCGAGUGGAACAGAGGAGAACUCGAGAGUUUCCUGAUUGAGAUAACAUCCGAUAUCUUUCGAGUCAAGGAUGAACACGGAGACGGGGAGUUGGUAGAUAAGAUUUUGGACAAAACCGGGAUGAAGGGUACUGGGAAGUGGACGGUGCAGCAGGCCGCAGAGCUGUCCGUGGCGGCUCCAACAAUUGCAGCCUCAUUGGAUUGUCGAUACCUAAGUGGGUUGAAAGAGGAGCGCGAGACCGCUGCUGAGGUUUUGAAGGAGGCCGGGUUGAAGGAAGAAGUGGGGGCUGUAGCGCGUGGAAUUGAUAAGAAAAGGUUGAUUGAUGAUGUGAGGCAGGCCCUAUACGCAUCCAAGAUUUGUAGUUAUGCUCAAGGGAUGAACUUGUUGAGGGCCAAGAGUGUAGAGAGGGGAUGGAACUUGAAUUUGGGGGAGCUGGCAAGGAUUUGGAAAGGUGGGUGUAUCAUCAGGGCCGUGUUUUUGGACAGGAUUAAGAAAGCUUAUCAAAGAAACCCCAAUUUGGCGAGCUUGGUUGUAGACCCGGAGUUUGCGAGAGAGAUGGUGCAGAGGCAAGCGGCAUGGAGGAGAGUUGUGGGGUUGGCUAUUUCAGCUGGUAUCAGCACUCCUGGGAUGUGCGCCAGUCUUGCUUAUUUUGACACCUAUAGACGUGCAAGGCUCCCAGCCAAUCUUGUCCAGGCGCAAAGGGACUUGUUUGGAGCGCAUACCUAUGAGAGGAUUGAUCGUCCGGGGUCGUUUCAUACUGAAUGGACUAAGCUUGCCAGGAAGAGCAAUGCUGGCGUUGGUGCAUUCAACUGAGCCAUUUUUCUGCUUCUCAACUUGAUAAUCUUUAAGUUUCAAUUGAGUUUUGGUAAUGUUUCCAUCUGAACUAGAAUUAUAUUUGGUCAUUGAGAAUUUAAAGUUCGGGCAUAGCCAUCAUUGUUUAGCUUUGCUUAUGGUCUUAAUAAGAAAUGCAUGCCUUUUGGGUUCUAUCA